GAAAGAUCUCAUCAACACGAUUGGAGAGAGUGCUGCGAUGGGUGCAGCUGGGACCAUCAUCUGGGGAGAUUCGCUCUCCUCUGGCAAAAACACCUGUGAGAUCAUGAAAAAGUAUGUGGACAGCACAUUAGGUUUCUAUGUUCUGAACGUCUCUACAGCAGCGCUGAAGUGCAGUCAGACUCUGUGCAAUGGUAAUGGGCGCUGCCUGCGCAAGGACAGUGAGGCUGGGGCCUUCCUUCAUCUCAACACAGCUAGCUUCAAAAUCACACAAAAUGAUGGAGAGGGCUUACAGGUGAAGGGUGACCUGUCACCAAAUGAUGUGCAAAAUUUAAGAAAGAAAUUUGUGUGCCAGUGUUAUCAGGGCUGGCAGGGGAACAAUUGCGUAGAACAGGUUCAAAUGCAUUCAGGAGUGGCAGGGUCCACUUCAUCUCUCCUUUUAACAUUGUUUAUUGUUUUAGCAUAUCCCCUUCUCAUUCUUUAGUGCUGCGUGGACUGCAAUCAUCAAAUGAAAUAUAUCAGUGUAAUUCUAGUACAUUGAACCCAGAAGAACUGGAACCUGUGCUCUGUGUCAUGUUUGAGACCUCUUGGUGGCCUUUAAAACCGAGUUUAAAGCCUGAAAUUUACUGAACAACUUUACAGCAGGAUGCUGUCUGUCUAGUGAAUCACUAAUAUGAACGGAACGAAACAUGCUUUAUUUUGAUGUGUAUGUGUGUUUGUGUGUGUAAUAGAAUGUGUAAAAAAAAAAAAGUGCCUUGAAUCAAGCCAUGUUUUAUGAAUUUAACAUCAGAAGAAUGUUCUCAUUAAAAAUAUAUUCUUCUGAUUAA